ACGAUCCGUUUUUCCUUCCAUCAUGAGCUUGUGCAAUUCCGCGAUAGCGCAGCUGAGAUCAACAGAUGGUGGAAUCGCUCUAAUAUAUUAAUACUUGUCAGUGCGCACGUCGCGGAGCGCGAUCCGCCAAAUUCAAGUGCGAUUUAAGUCAUAACUUUCAGCAUUUGUAUCGGUUAGUUUCAGCAGCGUAAGCGUCCUGAAAGUGUCGCGAGGAGCGUACCAGUCGCCGCCGACAUACAAAAAUAAUUGCCUUUCGCUUUUACAUUUCUUAUUUAUUUUACAUUUUUUCUUGUUUUCGUCCAUUUGUUUUCCUUGCUUUCCUUGAUCGUCCUGCACCACGAAAUGGCACAGAAUGCACUGUCGCUAGAAUUCGAGGAGACGCUGAAAGGGGACUGCAACAAGCUGUUCGAGGUGCUGAAAAGGACACAGGAUGCGGAUAAUCUGAAAAUUCUUUAUAGAAUCGUCUUCCUGAUAUCAAACCGUCAAGGCUCCAAGAUGAUGGCAGUGACCAAUUUCACGGUGAAAUACAUCUGCCAGCACCCAACACUUCCCUUAAUCCUCGUCGAUAUCCUGAGGACCACGCACAGCUUGAAGGAAUGCACCUACGUUCUCGAGAUCUUGGCCAAAUUGAUCAUGAAGAAUUCGACCACCUCAGAGGUGGAUAGGAAAUCCAUCAGGAAGUUCUUCUACGAACCUUCGAACUUCCGCGCCAUCCUGGAUGCCUUUCAAUGUCUUUACCAGCACUUCAUCCACGAGAAAACCAAUACUAUCUUCUACGAUAUCCAACUACGUCUCUUAAAGAUAAUCAACUGUCUAUACCUAAGACGAGGCCAAUCGCAGAUCUCUCAAAUACCCAAUGCUACUGUUGAAUUCCUGGGACGUCACGUAAAUCGUUACAAAUCCCACAAGGAUAUAUCUCAGAGCAUGUUACCACUCAUUAAAGUCAUCUGUCGCAACAAGAAAAACUGCGCUCUCGUCUGUAGCGAAGCCUUUCUUAUAUCACUGGUCAAUAUAGUUCCAACCACCAACAAAUACCCAACAGCCAUUGCUUUACUUCGAUUGCUCUCCAGAAAUCCUGAUGCCGUCUAUGAAAUGAGUCAUUCGGAGAAGACAUUCCACUUUAUCCUAAAUACUGCUCUGCACCACACCGAGAAGUUAAACCACAAAAAGUACCUCAUGACGACCCUGUACCGAAUUACACGGUCUCAUAGGGGAAUACAAAAUAUUUCAAAGCCGUAUUUGUGGAAUAUGCUUUUGGAGUUUUUCACUAAGAUUGAUAAAUUGGAAGAGCUUAAGCAAAGAAUAUCUGCGAGUAAAGCAUAUACGGUUUUGAAUCGUGGUAUCAAUACUUUGUCUAUGACGAUUACACCCUCUAAGUUGAAUCUCAAUUUAUCGGAUGAAAUACAAGAGUAUAUCGAUGAAAUAUCGAAUCUUCAUUCCGAUGAUAGUGAUAAUGAUGAGAGUGAAGAUGAAGAGGAGAAAAGAGAUCAAGGUAAAAGUCCCACAAGAGCGGCGUCGGAGGAGAGUGAUGAUGAGGAUGGUUUGAAAGAAAGCGAUGACGAGGAAGAUGUGCAGAUUAAUGAUGAGGAAUUGGAAGAGGAGUCAAAUUAUGAUAGUAUAGAUUUCGUUGCUCCCUACUAUCAAGAAUUUUACCCGGAAGUCGUACAAGUGAAAAUGAGAACGUUCCAUAACAUCUGCUUUUACAAAAAUAAUUUGAAUAGAGUUCUGGAAAAUCGCGUGCAAAGAAACAGCAAAAUCAACAAACAGGCGUUUCCUGAUGCGGUUUUCGCGGAAAGCGACGCUAAUGAUGCUGGCAGCGUCGCGACGAAUAUCAAUUACGUCUGCUUGGAUGAUAUGGCUCGUAAGGCGCGGAUCCUGAAGGGCAUGCAGCAAGGUGGAUUCGAAAGAAAAACUGUAUUCGACUUGGAUAAGUUAAUUGAAACCGAUGAGGAAUCCGACCUGCCUGAGCCUGAAGUGCUCCGAUUAGCGGAUUUGGCGAGUAUAAAUAGGAAUGUGCAGAUCAGCUCUAGGAUGAGGAGAAAUCCUCCUACGCUGCAGUUUGAGUCGCGUUUCGAAUGCGGAAAUCUCAGGAAAGUCGAGCAAGUGGCGCAUUAUGAGUAUAAUCUAUUUAUAUCCCCGGAUAUAAAUAUGACGAACGGCUUGCAGUGGUUCUACUUUCAAGUUAGCAACAUGCUGCCGGCCGUACAAUAUACCUUUAACAUUGUCAACUUCCAAAAAGCCAACAGCCAAUUCAAUUAUGGCCUGCAGCCAGUCAUGUUCUCAGUCAACGAUUUCCUAAGCCGAGGAACAGGUUGGCGGAAAGUUGGAGAGAAGAUGAUGUAUUUUGGCAAUGAAAGCUUUGAUAGGGAUACUGGAAGACAGUACCGGACUCUUACUUUUACCGUUUCGUUUCCGUACUACCAUGACUAUUCCUACUUCGCCUACCACUUUCCAUAUACUUAUACCAGAAUGCUAACUUCUAUAUUGCCAUGUCUAGAAAUUUCAGAUGAUAUUUACAGCAGGGUGGACAGGUUGACUAUGAGCGUGAACGAUCUUAAUGAAGUUCCGUUGAUCACGGUCACGGCCAAAUCUUCUAAUACUCCAUUGGAGGAAAGAGCUUUGGUGUUUCUGACUGCUCGCGUGCAUCCGGGCGAAAGCAACUCGUCAUGGAUAAUGGAUGGAGUGGUGCGGUUUCUGAUGAGCAUGGAUGAGAGGGCAGCCAGGGCUAGAGAACGGUAUAUAUUCAAGAUAAUCCCGAUGCUCAAUCCCGAGGGCGUAAUUUACGGCAAUUCCAGAUGCGGCCUUACCGGGAAUGACCUGAACCGCUGCUGGAAGAAACCUCACCCAGUUCUUCACCCAGAAAUUUAUUAUGCAAAGAAGCUGGUACAAUUCGCGAGGGAACGACUCUGCCGGCCAAUUUUCGCUUUCAUCGACAUACACGGCCACAGCAGAAAGAAGUACUUCUUUCUGUACGGCUGCAACCCCAAGCAAAGCUGGAAUGACGGCGACAAAACGCACGCUGAUUCAUCAGAUUCUUCGUAUAAUAUACUGCCAAAAGCUUUAAGCGCCAAUGAAAACAUGAAGAUGUCGUUUUGUCGUAAUACCAUUGAGAGAAAGAAGGAGUCCACGUGUCGAGUGGUGAUGUGGCGUGAAUUCGGUAUCAAAUGUUCCCACACCCUUGAAUGUUCGUACUGCUCAGGAGAUGGAAAAAAGAAAGUAACGACGAAGAUGCUUCGCGAUAUUGGUGCCAGCAUCAUAACAUCACUGGCGGCUAUAGCCGACGGUUAACCUUAUGCAUAGUUACAGACGAUUCCUGCUUGCAACAUCCAGACAGAAGAAAUAACAACUUUGUGUAUAACUCAUAUAUCCUCUUUAUAAAUAAAUAAAAUUCACGUAUAAAUAAAAUGAGAAAAGAGAA